GGCAGAGGCCGCCGCCGUUUGAUGGAUCCGAGGAUCGCCUGGUUCCAGCCAGAGCAGCUCGGACCGUCCAACAGUCUGUGGAUGCAGAUCUGGGAGACGACCCAGGGGCUGAGGAACCUCUACUUCAACCACCACUGUCACAGCAGCGGCGGCGUGAGCGGCGGCGGCGGCGGCGGCAGCAGCAGCACGGCCACCGGCGGGAGCGGCAGCAGCACCGGCAGCCCCGGCGGCGCGGCCCCGGCCCCGGCCCCGGCCCCGGCGGGCAUGUACCGCUCCGGGGAGCGCCUGCUGGGCGGCCCCGCGCUGCCCGCGGAGCAGCGGGACUUCCUGCCCCUGGAGACGACCAACAACAACAACAACCACCACCAGCCCGCGGCCUGGGCCCGCCGGGCUGCCGCUGGCCCCGCGGCGUCCCCGUCCCCCUCGGCGACCCCCUCCCCGCACUCCUCGGCCGCCGUCCCCGCCGCGGAGCCCGCCGACCCGGCCUCGGGCAGCAGCAACAAGAGGAAGCGCGACAACAAGGCCAGCACCUACGGACUCAACUACAGCCUGCUGCAGCCCAGCGGAGGGCGGGUCGCGGGGGGCGGCGGGGCCGACGGCGGCGGGGGCGUGUACAGCGGGACCCCGUGGAAGCGGAGGAACUACAACCAGGGAGUCGUGGGCCUGCACGAAGAAAUCAGUGAUUUUUACGAGUACAUGUCUCCGAGGCCAGAAGAGGAGAAGAUGCGGAUGGAGGUGGUGAACAGGAUCGAGGGCGUCAUCAAGGAGCUCUGGCCCAGCGCCGACGUCCAGAUAUUUGGGAGUUUCAAAACUGGCCUGUAUUUACCUACUAGUGACAUCGACCUUGUGGUGUUUGGGAAGUGGGAGAACCUCCCCCUCUGGACCCUGGAAGAAGCUCUCCGGAAACAUAAAGUUGCAGACGAGGAUUCAGUGAAGGUUCUAGACAAAGCAACUGUGCCUAUCAUUAAGUUAACAGAUUCUUUCACGGAAGUGAAGGUCGACAUCAGCUUUAACGUGCAGAAUGGCGUGAGGGCCGCGGACCUCAUCAAAGAUUUCACCAAGAAAUAUCCUGUGUUACCAUACUUGGUUUUAGUAUUGAAACAGUUCUUAUUACAAAGGGACCUUAAUGAAGUAUUUACAGGUGGAAUUGGCUCUUACAGUCUCUUUUUAAUGGCGGUCAGCUUUCUCCAGUUGCAUCCCAGGGAAGAUGCUUGCAUUCCCAAUACAAACUAUGGUGUUCUCUUAAUAGAAUUUUUUGAAUUAUAUGGACGGCACUUCAAUUAUUUAAAGACUGGCAUCCGGAUAAAGGAUGGUGGUUCAUAUGUGGCCAAAGAUGAAGUACAGAAAAAUAUGCUGGAUGGCUACAGGCCAUCGAUGCUUUACAUCGAAGACCCUUUACAACCAGGUAACGAUGUUGGAAGGAGCUCGUACGGGGCCAUGCAAGUGAAGCAGGCCUUUGAUUACGCCUACGUGGUCCUGAGUCACGCUGUGUCGCCCAUAGCCAAGUACUAUCCCAACAAUGAGACGGAGAGCAUACUAGGCAGGAUAGUCAGAGUGACGGCCGAGGUCGCCGCGUACCGGGACUGGAUAUCGAAGCAGUGGGGCUUGCCGGGCAGGCCCGCGCCCGCAUGCGCCGGAAAUGGUGUUACCUUGAUAGUAGAUUCUCAGCAGUUAGAUAAAUGUAAUAAUAAUCUAUCUGAAGAAAAUGAAGCCCUUGGAAACUGUAGAAGUAAAACUUCGGAAUCUCUUAGUAAACACUCUUCAAACUCUUCAUCAGGUCCGGUGUCUUCGUCUUCCGCCACACAGUCCAGCUCUAGCGACGUCGAUUCUGAUGCGACACCAUGCAAAACCCCAAAACAGCUGCUCUGCCGUCCGUCCCCCGGGAACCGAGUAGGGUCACAGGACGUGUCCGUGGAGGCCUCGCAGGCAGGUGGGAAAGUGCAGAGCGCCCCGGCCACCACCACCAUGUCCAGCAGCGCCAGCAAAUCGCAGCACGGACCAGCCCGGCUCUUCCGCUCUUCCAGCAAAGGCUUCCAAGGUACAGCCCCAACCAGCCAUGGUGCCCUGAUGGCAAACAAACAGCAUCAAGGCAAAUCAAAUAAUCAGUAUUUCCAUGGCAAAAGGAGGAGACACAAGAGGGACACCCCCCUCUCAGACCUCUGUAGAUAGUCGGCGUGGUUCGGCGGACUGUCUCCGGUGCAGUGACCUCACGCCCAGGACAGUGCCUGGGGACUCCUGGGCACGUUCAGGAGCCCUGUGCUGUCCACAUGUCGAUUUAGCAACUGUGUUUCCCAGCUCGCCACGGAACGGAUCAUGAAGACUGACAGCUGCGAAACAAAAGCACGCAGACGGGAAAGGCUGCUCAUCCGAUGAGCGUGUGCUACAACAGGGUCGUUUUAAGAGUUAAAGCUUGAAUGUAAAAUAAAUAUAUUUCUCAUUGGCUUUAUGCAGAGUUAGAGGGAGUAGUAGUCAGUGUGGGUGGGAUGAUAGGAAGAAAAUGGAAUUUCGGAGGAUGGGGUGGGAGGAAAACCGGUAUCUCAUAGAAGCCCAGAGUCCAAAGGGGAAAGUGAUCUGUGCAUGUGUUUUUUUAAAUAUUUUUGCAUAUAUUUACCAUUUUAUUGUGUGUAUAUAUAGAUGACCAUAUAGGAAAUUGAUAUUUGUAAUAGUGGAUUUGUUAAUACUUUUUACAUAACAUUACUGUUUAAAUUGUAAACAGAUUUUUCUCAGGAUUAGUUUGCAAAAUAAUCUGAAUUGUCAUCUUAACAUCCACAUGUAGGGACGUGAUUAGUUCUCUUACUCGAUUUGUCCUUGGCGUUGAAAUGACCUAAUAGGACCCUCUCGACCUGCUGCUGCAAAAAUGUUCCCUCCCUCAAGAAAAGAGUCAUGGUGGCAAAUGACAUUUAUUUUAUUUUGUACAAACAAAUAUAUAUAUCUGUACUAUGUACUUUUGUGUAAACACUGAAAAAUCUCUGGUCAUCUCUAAAAAUUAACUUGUAACCAUUUUCUAUAGUGUUGUUGUCUUGGGCAAUUACAUGACUUUGUGUUUGUUUCCUUUGCGGUCUUAUUUUUCUUUUUUUUCUGAUGGGGAGAACAGGCCACCGUGUCGGGUCCCAUCCCUGGGCACGAGCCCUGGCACGGGCUGCAUGCUGGCGCCUCUCCCCGGCUGCGCCUGCCCUUCCCCUCUCUUUCAAGUCCGUGCUGAGCUCCCGAGGGAGAGGACACCUGUGAACAGCUUUAAUCAAAUCAUACAAACUAUUUUCUUACACUUCAUGCUUCGGUGGUGUUGAUCUUCCACAACGAAACGGUCCUUGGUAAUGGGUCUAUUUUGUAUUGCCUUAUUAAGACCAAGUACUUCUCGUCAUCCCAUUCUUCGCCCCUCCUUCCACGGAGUUGUUUUCUUUCAUUAAAACUGUGUUAAACAUUGGCUUGUUUCAAUCAUACUGUAAAUUUUGGUUGUGGUCAGCUUUGAGUGCAAACGAGAUGUACGAUUCUGUUAUUCGUCACAUGUUGAGUUUGCAGCUCGAUUGGGAAUAUUACUAUGAUCGAAUGUAAGUGACCUUCUGAAAAUGCUUUCUGUGGGUGACAGCGCUGUGCUGAGCUUUGGUGGUGCGGCUCUGCUCACGGCAGCAUGUCGGAGAUGGGUCUUUUCUGUGUAGACGUGUCAAGUACUGGUUGCUUUUAGGAGUUUCUUUUAUAUACAUUUAUGAAAUACUGAAGACCAAUCAGACCAUUAAUGGACACUUAGUGCGACUUUUUAUAAAGAAAAUAAUGCUAAAGACCGACCAAAACUGAUAUCAUCACUGAAAUCAACAAUUUUCAAUAUGUUCGUAUUUAAAUCCACAACCGAAAAAUGUGUUCCAGGACUGGAAACUCAAUACCUGUGUAAACCGUGGGAGAUGUUCAAUGUGAUAUUCCUUUGACAAUGUUUUAAAUUUUAGAGUCACAUGUUAUUCUGAUUAGUUUUUAUCAAGGUGUCGAGCCUGUGUUUUUUGAAACUAGUUUGUCAUAACAUAUUGUGUGCAUAAUCACAGUAUUUAUUUUCCAGGACUAUUGUGAAUGUGUAGACUUAUGUUUACUGCUAAGGGAACAAUUAUUUAUAAAAUAAAAUUAAAUUCAGUAUUAGCUGCCUACUUCAGACACUUAAUACCUGCAGAGAUCGUGUUACAUUGGCCACACUGAAGUUUUUUUUAAAGAAUCACCCUCAUUGUUGAAAGUGAAUGUACUCUUAGGGUGCAGAUAUUAGUGUUCCAAUAAGCAUGUGAUUUUAUUCAAGGUGGUGGUAGCGGGAAGAUAAUCUUGAUUCCAUUGGGAAUCUUAGGUUUUCGUCAAUUUAUUGGGAAAAUAGUUUUUCCUGUACUGCUGACGUUUCUUUUUGGUAAACAGUAUCUUUCUAAAAGAAAAAGCAUGAAGGAGAAAUCGAGGCGUGUACAUUUCCUCAAACGACCAGCAUUGUAUUCGUGAAUACUUGUAUCUUGCAGUGGACAGUGGGGAGCUGUUCAUUUUUCAAUGCGAAG